AGUCGGGGGAGAUCGUCAUGCCGAGCCGAGCCUCAUGCUAACUCAAUGACGUAUGGCGCCCUGCUCGGUGAGAUAUCGGGCGCUCUUUUCCGGUACAGGGCAUCAGAUGGCCACACGUUACCUGAUAGCUACUCAUGCGACAACAUAAUCUUAAGCCCUGGGCGCGACGCCUGGACGCAAACUUCUUCUUUCCCUUCGCUUUCUCUUCGUCUGUACUUUGUUGACCCACGCCAUUCAUCGACUGGACCCUGGCCCAGAGCUAGGUUGCCGCGCUCACGUGUAUUAAUAUUUUUGCGUCUUACCCUUUCUGGAAUUUAUGAUACCCCAUUUCUCACCUGCUCGAGUAGAGCUUUGCGAAAAACCUCUCCUCAAAAUUCUACGACAUUCCUGGUUCGAGGAAAUCUUCCGCCCUAGCAUGGACCCUUCGACAAUCAACAACUGCGUACUACUGUUGAAUCUGCCGCCAAAAGCACUUGCUGGCAUCGACCUACUCUCCUUUACAUCAUCACCGCGUUUUCAGGGUGUCAAGAAUGUUCCGCCUGGCCUGCAUUUCGUCUUUACUGCAAGUGACAGCACCUUGUCUGUAAGACAUGGCGCAUGGUUCUAUGUCACACCUGGUGUAGGCUCGCCACAAGUAUUCGUCAAGAAGUGGGACCAGAGUGCCGAAGAUCUGGUAGCCGAGACUUCGCAGACAGAAGUGUUGCGACACAAGGCAAAUCUUGGAAGCAUAUGGAAAGACGGCUUGACGCCAUAUCGCCAAAGUGUACAAGAGGGUGAUUCUGGAGCUGAAGAAGGCUGGUCCGAGGAGUCUACAGACUGGAGCAAGCUUACAUCACAAGUCACACCCACCAUGCUAUCGAGGAUAUGCGGGCUGAACCCCGACCACUGGAACUUGACAUCCGCGUCUUCUGCCACACAGGACCUGGAUGACAUACCGGGCCUAGAGACUAGCAAUAGCAUGCUACAUCCAGAGAAAGAGCUUCGCUUCCUACCCAUCGAUCUCAAAAAGACCUGGAGAGAAGGCGCGACUGGAAGGGAACGCACAGAAGCUGCACAGGACCGAUCCUGGUUCCUCGGUGAUCUUAUCGACAACCAUUGCCAGGCAGGGGACUUACGGGGUCGAGAAAACGAGAUUUUGGGCGAGUUGCAGUUUACUUUCCUCAUGGUCUUGACACUCAACAACAACUCCUGUCUCGAACAAUGGAAACGACUUCUGCGACUCUUACUCACUUGUCGCCAGGCAGUCAAACAGCGAUCCCACCUGUUCCUCGACUUUUUGAAAUGUCUAAGGAUACAGCUUGGUCAUUGUGCCGACAUGGAGGGUGAUUUGUUCGAUAUGAACGACGUAGGUGGGGGCUUCUUGAAGCCGCUCUUCGGUCAGUUCCGUAAAGCUCUCGACGACUUCGACGGAAAAUGGAAAGCCGAUUUGGUAGACGAACUGGACGAUCUGCAGGAUUAUAUGCAGAAAGAGUUUGGAUGGCAACCAGAGGGCUCGUAUCUGAAGCGCGGCAUGUUGGAGUUGGAGGACGGCGAGCGGGUAGAGAUGGAAGUCAACGGCGCAGAUGCAGACGACGAGCUAGGCGACUAUGCACCCACUAUCGUGGACUUGACUCCUGAACAGCAAAAGCUGUUAAGCGGGAGCGAUAUCGGUCGCGCAGAGCAUACAAAUGGCGAAGAGUCAGAAGACGACGUCGAUCUGGAUGACAUGGAUACGCGAUACUGAUGGAUUAAGUAGACCGUGCAUGACCGGUGAGAUGGAAAAAGACACCGCAAACACUCCGCGCACUCUAUUUCGUCGAGCUUAGUGGACGCCAAAAGCGGCACAUGGUCUCAAAUAUAGGCGCCUGCAGGAACAGCCAGCCCCCAAACGCUAGUACAUACAUUUCUUGUAUUCACGUGCUGAUCGCUGUUGAAGACUGCACAGCCUUACGCCUAAUAUUGAAUAUCAUCAUACUUCAAUCAGGUGUCCAUUCUCGAGGAUUGAAGUGAUGUGGCCAAGCAGACGUGGCGAGAAAACAUGCCGAUGCCCGUUGCGGCGCAGCUAGUCAGCAAGGCGUUUUAACACGACUUUGCACAAAGACGAAGGUGGUGUAGAUUUGGCCCCCAAGCUCUAGCACACCACCAAACUGGUUCGGGAAAUUGCAGCCUU